GGGGCGAACUCUGGCUGUUGUCACUGGUUUCUCCUAACCCAGCCCCAGGGUCCCUGGGGAGGAAUGAAUGUGAGGAAAGGGACAAGGCCGGGCAUUUGGGAAAAAGUGUGGAGGUGUAGGGAUGGUUCUCAGAGGAGCCCUUCUGGGCACCUGGUGACCUGGGCUUUCUUCCCUCAGGCAGGGAUCCCAUAGCUCGGUGUUUCUAAGCCACCAGGUGUGUGGACGUGGAGGGAUGCUGGUCCUGCUUCUGAAUGCGGUGGUCCUCGGCCUGCCCAGCACCCGGGCCACCGAGUCCUGCUUGCACGCCUGCCCGGUCCCCUGCAGCUGCAGCAAAGCGGAGCGCGGCUGCACGGUGCGCUGUGACCGCGCGGGCCUCCUGCGGGUGCCCGCUGAUUUCCCGUGCGAGACGGACUCCAUCGACCUGGACCACAACGGCCUGCGCAUCCUGGGUGAGCGCGUCUUUGGCGCGUUGCCGUCGCUGCGUCGCCUGUCGCUGCGCCACAACAACCUUUCCUUCAUCACGCCCGGCGCCUUCAAGGGCCUGCCGCGGCUGGCCGAGCUGUGCCUGGCGCACAAUGGCAACCUGCGCUACCUGCACGCGCGCACCUUCGCCGCGCUCGGCCGCCUCCGUCACCUCGACCUGGCCGCCUGUCGCCUGUUUAGCGUGCCCGAGCGCCUGCUGGCCGAGCUGCCGGCCCUGCACGAGCUCAUCGCCUUCGAUAACCUGUUCCGCCUCGUGCCGGGCGCGCUGCGCGGCCUGGCCAACCUGACACAUGCCCACCUGGAGCGCGGCCGCAUCGAGGCGGUGGCCUCGAGCUCGCUGCAGGGCCUGCAGCGGCUGCGCUCGCUCAGCCUGCAGGCCAACCGCAUCCGCGCUGUGCACGCCAGGGCCUUUAGGGACUGCGGUGCCCUGGAGCACCUGUUGCUCAACGACAACCUGCUGGCUGUGCUGCCGGCCGACGCCUUCCUCGGCCUGCGCAGACUCCGCACACUCAACCUGGGUGGCAACAGGCUGGGCGGUGUGGUGCGCUCCUGGUUCACCGACAUGGCUGAGCUGGAGCUGCUCUACCUGGACCGCAACAGCAUCGCCUUCGUGGAAGAGGGCGCCUUCCAGAACCUCUCGGGUCUCCUGGCACUGCACCUCAAUGGCAACGGCCUCACCGUGCUCUCCUGGGCCGCCUUCCAGCCCAGCUUCUUCCUGGGGCGCCUCUUCCUCUUCCGCAACCCGUGGCGCUGCGACUGCCACCUGGAGUGGCUGCGGGACUGGAUAGAGGUCUCUGGUCUUGUCGCCGAAGUGCCAUGCGCCUCUCCAGGCUCCGUGGCCGGCCUGGACCUCAGCCAGGUAGUCUUCGUGCGCUCCUCCGAUGGCCUGUGCGUGGACCCCGUGGAGUUGAACCUCUCGGCGUCUAGUCCAGGCCCAUCCCUGGAGCCAGUGGCCACCACCGUGAGCAGAUUCGGUAGCCUCCUCUCCAAGCUGCUGGCCCCGAGGGUACUGGUGGAGGAGGUGACCAACUCUACAGCCAGGCUGGCCAACGCCUCACUGUCCUAUACCCUUCCCUCCCGUGGGGUUGGAAACUUGGGCCACAAGGACACGUUUCUCUUUGCCUCUUGUGUUCUGCUAGGUGUGUCCCAGUAUGUGACAUUUUGCUUAUGGAGAGACUGACCCUGCCAUGCUGGAGCUGCCCAAAGUGCUUUGGCCAAAGGGGGAAAGUUGGGCUUAGGGAGCAGGAUGAGGGCCAGUAGGGAAAAUUCUAGUGGAGGACAGAAGGAAGAGUUUGCCUCUACAGAUGGCCCUAGGCAAAGAAGAACACUGGGACUUGGCACCAGGCUAGGGGUGGUCAUGGAUUUCUGCUCUUCUCACAUGGACAUCCUUUGGAAAAGAGAAACAAAAAGGACCGUGGGCCUUUGGGUUCAAGGCUAGGAAUUGUAAGUCCCUGGGGCUCCACCGACCCCUUUCCCCCAUCUUCCAGGCAGCAGUGCCUGCGAUGCCUGAGUUAGAGGCAGUCCACAGCUAAGAAUGAUCAACUGUGCCAGUUCUUCUGGUGGGGUAACCCAUUAAGUCCCAUCCUUGGUUUCUUACCAAAUCCUCCUCCUCCUCCCUAGAUAUCUGCCUGGGGACACUAGGGUUCAGGAAGGUGGGUAGGACAUGACAGAAAGGAAAUGGGACAGAGCCUUAAACCCAAGGGGGUAUGAGGCGGUUCCUGGGAUCUGAAAUAUGUUAAGAGGCAUUUAAAACAAAGAUCCAUUUCACUUGCACCAUAUUUAUUUCCAAGGAAGCCAGUAGCCACAAAGGAACUUUAAGGCAGCAGGAUGUGUUUGUAGACAAAUAAAUCUGCAAAAUCCUACAAAAAACAAAAAAGUUCCCAGUCUUUUGGGAGAUUGAGGCAGGAAGGUUGCAAGUUCAAGGCCAGCACGGGCAACUUAGCAAGACCCUGUCUCAAAUUUUGAAAAAGGGCUGGGGAUGUAGCUGAGGGGAAGGCCCCAAGUUCAAUCCCCAGUGUGUGUGUAUGUGGAGGGGGGGGGGAUUAAAUGUUAAACCAGUUUCUCUACUCUAAGACUUAGUCUUUCAUGUGCCAAUAUGUAUUGUGAAUCCGAGGAGGCCACACAAUCCUCUUUGCUAAAUGUUUUGUGGGAAGAGUGUUCAGAAGACAGAGACACUAUUAGGUGUGGAAAUUAUUAUGAGCUGUGUGCUUUAGGGCUAAUGGCCAAGCAGGAAGGAAGUAGGGUGGGAAGAGAGACAGGGAUAUUUCAGGGUGGCAGCUGGUCAGCUAUAAGCCUCCUGCUUGCCAAAACAAAGGGUGACCAGCACCUAUGGUGAGCAUGUAGGGCCUCUGAGUGUGCAGUAUCCCAGGGCAGGGCUGCCAAAUCUCACUCCAGGGGUCCCAGUAGCCCAGCUUUUCUCAGGGUUGCAGUGAACAUGAGCAGAGGUUGACUGGUCAGCCUCGGGAUCAGCAGCCCUUUGGGCCUGGAUGCAAGUGUAGGCUUUGUAGGCUGCUUUCUACACGCUGGCUCUGGGUUCAGGGUGUAGGUCAGUGGUGGAGCACUUGCCCAGCAUGUGCAAGGCCCUGGGUUCCAUCCCCAGCAUGGCUCCCCCCUCCCCAUGCUGGCUCUUCCAUCUUCCCACACCCAUCUCUGUAGGUGGCAGCAGAGCCUUCCUGAGCUGGUCACAACAAGCACGAGGGAGUCAAGCCAACAACAGUGCCAUAUGUUUGCUAAAUACUUGCUUAAGCUAUUCCAUAUACCAUGUGUAGUGAUAACUGCGUUUGUUAACAUUUUGGAAAUCCGCAAUCUGAAAUGUCCUGACUUCCUUCCUCACUUUGUAUUUGGAGAGGUGAAUUUGCAAAACCCACACAGAUCGGGCUGGGGAUUUAGCUCAGUGGUUUUGCCACCUGCUGUGCAAGCACAAGGACCCGAGUUCGAUCCCCGGUACAAAAUAAAGCACAAAACCCACACAGAUUCAGGGUGCACCACGAGGUCAGUUUUUCAUGGUAACAGUUCCUCCUCUUCCCCCUCGCCUUCCUCCUCCUAUUCCUCUCUCUCUUUUAAAUGGUACUGAGGCUCAGAGAGGGCCUCAUGUGUGCUAAGCAAACACUACCACUGAGCUACAUCCCUGGAACUUGUUAAAAAAUUUUGAGACAGCCAGGUUGCACAGGCUGGGCUUGACCUUUUAUCCUGUGUCAGCCUCCCCAGUAGCUGGGAUUACAGGUGUGAGCCACUGUGCCCAGCAAACAGUAUUUCUUAAUAAUACCAAGUGUAAGAACUGUUGCAGGAGUAUUUGAAUGGGUUUUGACCAUUAGUGGUCAUCAACUCAGUUGAACAGAUCAUGGUCAGCAUUUUGAAAAACAAACAAACAAACCCAUGAGGGCUGGGGGUGCAGCUCAAUGGGAGAACAUGUACUUAGUAUGUUCGAUGCCGGGGGUUCCAUCCCUAGCACCACAAAUGGCGAUAGUAAAAAUGUGAUAGAAUAGAAAAGUCACAGAGCAUCACAUGUAAUAUUAUAAGUAAGCAUUGUUUUGCGAAACUUUUUACUUAAUUUGCAUUUGUUCAAAUUGUAUGUGUAUGUGUAUGUACUGGGUUACUGUACAAUUUAUAUUUUAUUUGGAAUUAUGGUUAAAAGAUGUGAA